CUUCAGUGGCUCAAGCGCCAUGUCCCCAUGGUCCUAGUCUGAAGGUCUGGUCCUUUGAAGAUGAUCUACAAGUCGUUCGGCUCACUUCCCGCAUAUGGCGAGUCGUCCAUUGCCCUGCUGUCGAAUGUUCAUGCGAUGAAGCUGCGAGGAGGAAACUCGACGAGCAGCUCGCUGAGGGCAGAGGCUAUCACCUUCUUCACCUCCGAGAGGACUCCUGCUGCCCUCGUUGCCGGCAUGGCGCUCUCCAUGCUUUUCUCCAUGCCCCUCAAGCAAGACGAGGGUCACCUGCGAAGCUUUGCGAAGCGCGUCUACGUGGCUCUGAGCUGCUCCUCCUUGUGCCACGAGAUGGUCUCGGUCUUCGCUAGCUCGCUGGCUAUCGUGCAGAUUCUCAAGGAGAGGAGAGACUUCGCCGCUGAUUGCCCCAUGACGAUGAUGAUGCAGGAGUACCCCCUCUACUUCCUCGCUGUCCGCACGCACUUCAUCUCCGGGCUGCUCUGCUUUGUUGGGUCGAUCGCCGUGAGGAUGUGGAUCGAGUACUCGACAGGGUGCAACAAGUUUGCGAAGGCGAUGACGUACCUGCUGGGAUCAACCAUGGUGUUCAUGCUCAGCCUCUUCAACACCUCUCUCCUCUGCUCUGAGUCCCUCGGAAGCAUGUGGGUCAAGUACGCGACGGCGAUGGUGAGAGCCACCAAGCACAGAGUGGGUCCGAACAUCUUCCUCGCGGUCCUGCUGGGCGUCAUGUGUCUCAAGGAGAUGGCCGCGUGCAUGGGACUUGCAGGAAGGCAGAUGUGGCAGGAGGGAACUUGAGCUGAGAUACGCGAGGAGGAGGGAGAGGGAUGAGAUACGCGAGGAGGAGGGAGAGGGAUGAGAUACGCGAGGAGGAGGGAGAGGGAGGAGAGAAAGAGGAGAGAUCUCUGCGUUUUUCUUGCUCCAAGAAGGAGGGGGAAUUAUUGUUUGGACGUGAGAUGAAAGGCCAAUGAUGGCGCGCACUCGACUUCAAUGCAAGAAUGGUACUUAAUAUCAUCGACUCAACCACAUCAGUGAGACAGUACCUGGAAGAUUAAAAUCCGAAGAUUGUCAGG